AGAACUCCCGUCGCAAGACCCAGACAAAGAGUUGAUCCAUACCACUGGCGCCCCCUGGUCCUUCAUACCAGGCAAGAUGGUUGUGAUAAAUUGCUGUGGACGAGUUACGAUUUGACUAGGAUAAGAGGAGAAGGAAGAAAAUGAUCAACUUUUGUCAUGGGUCUAUGACACCUGACAUUAAGUGUGAUAAAGUGUGCGCAGAUGAGUAUGGGGUUGAAAACCUGAUUGCUGGGGUGGACUACUGGGCAAGUCAGAGGGGUUUCAGGGCAGAGAGCUUCAUCGUACCCCCUGUGUCUGUUACUGUACGCUUCCCCUGUAACAUUCAAAUAGCUCGCAUCAUCCUAGACCCAGUGGUGGGCAGACAGAAGUCGUGUGGCUUUGAAAUCUUUGCCAGCUCCAGGAAAAUUCACAAGUCCCCGCUGAUAGGCCUAAAGAUACCGAGAGGUGUCGAUGUUACACCACAAUCCGUGGAUGAAGAAAUAUUUGGACCCGUUGGUAAAGAAGCCCUCAAGGAGCCCUGUAUUGUGUGCUUUGAGAAUUCAACAUAUAGGCCCAGAAAACCAUUUGACGAGUUCAUUGAUGGGGGUGUAAAGGCAGGGAAACUUCUUAGACGUCACAGGAUGGCGUGGCUGUCAAGCGUCAGUGCUGUCACCAUACGAAUUGUGAACACAGUAGAGCGUAGUGCGCCAGCCCUUAAGCGAUUAGAAAUCUGGGGACAACCAGCUCAACACUGCCCUGAGCAUUUACAGACAACGAUAUACCAGAUAUACAGGGAGGCGACAUUAGCCAGGUGCAAUGGCUAUUCCCUGCCAGAACAGGCCAGUCACAAUAUUCCUCCCGGGCCCCGCACCAACCACUCUAUUGUCCAGUCAAAAUCUACAUCUGGAGCACCUCCCAGCAGUACUAAUUCAUCUCAGUCUAGUUACCAGUUUGCUGUUGAUGUACCGGAAGAGUUCAUAGACCCCAUAACCUGUGAAAUAAUGACAGUCCCUUUAACACUACCCUCAGGUAAAACUAUAGAUCAGCUCACUUUAGAUAAGCAUAUCAAUGCAGAGUCCACAUGGGGGCGCUCACCAUCUGAUCCAUUUACAGGGGUCCCAUUCUGUGAACUUAAGAAACCAAUUCCUAAUGUAUCCUUAAAGCUAAGGAUUGACAGGUUCGUGCUGGCACACAGUGCUGAACUCAGAACUGUACCUAGGGUUUUGGGCAGAGGGGAAUCUUCUGGGGACAGCCCAGUGACAAAAGCGUCUCAACUACUGGGUGUAAAGAGAGAACUUAGACAACAAUCAAUACCUACUAGUACUGCUGUAACUUCUAACCAUUACAGCCAUACAAACCCUGCAUCUGGAUUGAAGAGGAAAUAUCAUGAUAUGGACAGAGGAAUUUGUACUGAGGCGGCAAGCAAGAAAGUUGUUAAAUUAGAGACUUCUAAUAUCAGUUUAAAUGCUGAUAAGAACAAAACUGGGAGUCACGAGAGCAAUCUAAGCCUAAGCCUCAAUGAGGCUUUACAUGCAGCACUUGGUGGUCUGCCAUCAUUUCAGUCAGGUGGGCCCAAUUUAAGUAAGAACAUAGGACAGUGUGAGCAGCAGCAAAAAACACUGGGCUUUUCCUGUAUUUAUUGCCAUCAGACCUCAAUAUCCAGUUCUCUGUAUACUUUAGCCUGUGAUCACUUAGCGUGCAGGAAAUGUCUGACAAAAGCAAUGUGUGGUUCUUCUUCUGGAAGUUGCCAGAAAUGUGGCAAGAGUUUUAUCUCUAAAGAUGUUGUUAGAUUUAAUACCUGAUUUAUCAUUUAAUUGGUAUGAUUAAUUUAAAAAUGAAUGAUAAGAAACAACACAAAAUCAUUCAAUUAGCAUUUAUUGUUAAUCGAUUUAUUUAACCUAUUGAUUUCAGUCUUUAUCUUUUAAUGGUGAUAGAGGUACUGACAAAUUUGUGUGAAUGUGCUGCACUGAUGAACCAUUAUCAUUAUGGUAUAAUUAAUUAUCAGUUAAAGGAAUAAAUACAUGGAUAGUCAUGCUUUUCUGCCAUGUUAUAUCACUCUAUCCUGAAACUACUGUUUUUGCACUUAGAAGCAUCCAAAAAAUCUACUUUCAGAGGGUCCAAAAAUUAUUACUUUUUGUUUUAAAACUCACAUUUUUCCAGGAUUUCCAAACAAAAACUUGUUUAGGAUCAAUAGAACUCUCAGAAUAUGAAGAAAUGAGUAACUUAGUCAUGGGCAAGUACAGUACUUAGCAAGCACAGUACAAACUACAGACUAACUAGUACACCUGAUACAGUUACCUGUUUGUACCUGUAUUCAUAUCACAAGGUGUUUAAGUUAAAGAGAGAGUGAAAGAUGAGCUUGACAUUUAAUAGGAGAACCUUAUCAACACUUCAACACAUUUUAAGUACAUGUACAUGUGGGUGCCAUGAAAUCCUGUUAAGCAGGCUCAUUUAUUUUAUAUGGAUACCCCUCAAAUUUUAAAUACAGGAAGUAAUGAGAACUGUUUGUGUAGCACACAAUCUGAACAGGUUUAAUGGAUAUGCAUGUGAAUUUCAGGAAUUGUAACACGCAAAACAAUGAGGAGGUUCAGAGCCCCCAGGUACUUCCAUCGUAGCAUGGUGAAUGAUGAACCGCUACAUCAGGCUUCAUCUUUCUUCAAACAGUGAUAUGAAGAAAAAGAACAUUUUGUCAAAAAAGGAGCAUAACUCCUAAAUUUUUAAGCAAAGUGGUUUAAGCAAUGGUGAUGAUGGACAGACAUCAUAGCACAAUUAAAUACAACCCACAAUAUGAGCACACAAAAGUAACUGGAACAUUCCUAAUUGCAACAACAUUUGAAGUUUUAUUCUGGUAUCAGCAUGGUGAAAUUAAGUUUCGUGUCAGUUUGAUGGUCUAGACUAGUUACACAACACACAAGCCCGAAUUAUGCAGACAGAUAGAUAGGUACAUCUAUCUACGGAUAAACAGCACCAUUCUGAGCAAUCUUGCCAGCAUAACACAGUUGAUCUGUGCUAUGGGUGUGUGACACUGGAUAAGCCUGUUAAAUAUGUACAGUUGAAUUGCAGUGAAGGGUAUAGGAAACUACCAGGGAACCACUGGAGAGCCUGAAUGCACAGAAAUAUGAACUGAAAUUUCUUUGCAAUAUUCAAUACAUGUACUGUCAAAAACUAGUUGCUGAGUUUGUAUUGUGUGGUACUAAAAGCAGGCCAGUGUUUUAAUAAUAAUAUAGGGGCCCCCGUGGC